UAGAUCAUUCGCAAAACCUAUAGUAAUACGUUAGUGAAACAUCGCGUAACUAUAGCAUUUGGCUGAAGUUGUGUAAGUUAGCUAACGUUACUCAUACAAACCAAGUUGAAGUGCAAGUUAAAUGUUUAGCUAGGGCCUAGCUACACAAAUGCAAAACAUAAGUCCAGAUGUCUAUUGUAGAGGACUACCCACGCACGAGAGUGGCGUUCAGCAAUGACGUGGAUUAGUAGGGUGUAACUAACUUAAAUACUUGGUGUUGUGUCGGUUGCGUUUAUAAGGUGAACAAGCAGACUCUGGGCUAUAGCGCCAGAUUGAUGGAGAAGAAUGGCCCGAAUCUCGUUGGAAUGCACCAACUCUUUACCAGGGAUCCCCCUCAGUGUGCUGUCAGUGCCUAUGGAGAAUAAGUACAAAUGUCAGCAGUGUCUCCAGGUCCUGAGGAAGCCUGUCCAGGCUCAGUGCGGCCACCGCUUCUGUGUACACUGCUUCAAGCAGCUCACCAGUUCUGGGCCAAAGCCUUGUGAAGCCUGCCGCCAAGAGGAGAUAUAUGAGGAACCUAUUUCCAUCCUAAAUAGUAAUGAGGCAUUUCCAGACAAUGCAGCCGGCCGAGAAAUAGCAAGUCUGCCUGCCAGGUGUUUGAACCAGGGCUGUGAUUGGACAGGCUCAAUAAAAGAGUAUGAGGCUCAACAUGAAGGUCGUUGUGAAUUUGAGCGGAUACAGUGUGAGGCCUGCCAAAUCUCAAUCCUUCGUACAGACAAGGACAGACAUAAUGAGAGAGAAUGUGAAGCAAGAACGCUCAACUGCAAAUACUGCAAAAUGACCUUCAACUUUAAAGACAUCAAGGCCCAUGAUGAGAUCUGUCUGAAGUUCCCCUUACAAUGCAAGGACUGUGGCAAGAAAAAAAUCCCAAGAGAAAAGUUCAAUGACCACAACAAAUCCUGCGCCAAGUCAAAGAGUGCCUGUCCGUUCAGUGAUGUGGGCUGUAAAUCUGUGAUAGAUAAUGGGAAGCUCGCUGACCAUGAGCACAGCAGCACCAUGGAGCACUUGCGUCUGCUGCUGCCCAUGGUGCUGUCCAUGGCUCGGACGCGUGCCGAUGCUGCUGCUCACGGAGAGUGGCAGGAGGACUCUGGCCUGGGCCUGUACAGGGCUCCUGAGGAGGGGGUCACUAUGGGCUCUGGAGCUGCAGCCUCCAUGCAGUCUGUGGACGUGGACAAAAAGGUGAACGCUUUAGAAAACAUUGUGUGUGUCCUAAACCGAGAGGUGGAGCGCAGUUCAGUUACGUUGGAGGCUUUCUCACAUCAGCAUCGUUUAGACCAGGAAAAAAUUGAAAACCUCUCCAACAAAGUGCGUCAGCUAGAGCGGACAGUCACCAUGAGAGACUUGCAGCUGUCUGAAACCGAACAGCUGUUGCGAGAGCUCCAGUUUUGCACCUACGACGGGAUAUUUGUGUGGAAAAUCUCAGACUUCUCACGCCGCAGACAGGAUGCUGUGGCCGGUCGAACACCUGCAAUGUUCUCACCAGCAUUUUACUCCAGCAAAUAUGGCUACAAAAUGUGUCUGAGGCUUUAUUUGAACGGCGAUGGGACGGGCAGAGGAACGCACCUUUCGCUGUUCUUUGUCGUCAUGAGGGGAAAGUGCGACGCUCUGCUCAAAUGGCCAUUCAGUCAGAAGGUGACUCUAAUGCUCUUGGAUCAGAACAACAGGGAGCACAUCAUCGAUGCUUUCCGCCCCGAUGUCACCUCCACCUCCUUUCAGCGGCCGAUCAGUGAGAUGAACAUCGCCAGUGGCUGCCCGCUCUUCUGCCCGCUGGCUAAACUGGCUGGCAAGAGCCCCUAUCUGAGAGAUGAUACCAUUUUCAUCAAAGCCAUCGUAGACCUCACAGGCUUGUAACUGGGGAAGCUGUGGAAGCUACACCAAAGCAUUUAUAAAAACAAACAAAUAAUUAUUCAUUAUAAUAAUAAUAAUAAUAUAUCUAUAUGAUAUUAUGGUAAUAUCUAUGAUAAUAUAUGAUAUACUAUGUGGCUAUGAUAUUACACAAUAUCAUAUCUACACUAUACAUGUAAUAAUGUGUCACAUUAUGACUGAUGUACAAGGGUGUGUAAAAUAACAAUCAUGGUAGUGGAUCUGUAAUGGUUAUAGGCAUCUAUCUUUAGUGAAGCAAUUACACUGAUUUACCUGUGCUUUAUAGAAGUUAAUAAUCAAUUAUUGUUAAUGUCUUGUAUAUUUAAGACUUUUGGCAGUACUUAGAUCACAUAAAAAGUUAGUAUUUCGGUAUGAAGCUGUAAGCAGGCAUUAAAACAGUUUUGAAUUUA